UUUUCAGCAACAAGUUGUCAGUGAAGUCAGGGACUUGGUGGGUCAGGAUUAGAUACCACCCACCCUUGCCUGUGACCUCCCCUUUUCUCCCUCCUCUUUUUUUCCUCUCCUGUCCCACUGUCACUGCCUCUCAACUGGGUCCCCAGCCCCUCUGUGCCUGACUACCCAAGCCAUUUGCUUUGCAAAGCUGCUUUCUGAACCAGGAGUGGACUUUUGGAAGAUAUCUCCUUUCUAGGAAGUAACUGAAAGGCAGCAUGUCAGCUGAGACACCAAUCCAACUGAAAAUGAAUCCCCAGGACCUUCAGAUCCAGACACAUACAGUGGAGAAGCUGUUAGAACCUCUCAUAAUCCAGGUUACCACACUGGUGAAUUGUCCCCAGAAUCUUUCCAAUAGGAAAAAGGGACGUUCUAAAAGAGCCCGGGUUCUUCUUGCUUCUGUUGAAGAAGCCACGUGGAAUUUGCUGGACAAGGGGGAGAAGAUCGCCAGUGAGGCUACAGUCCUAAAGGAAGAGCUCAUGGCAGCCCUCCAGGAAGUGCGGAAAGAAAGUGAGGCACUGAAGGUAUCAGCUGAAACAUUUACAGAUGAUCCCUGUUAUCUGCCUAAAAGGGAGGCUGUGGUUCAGGCUGCUCGAGCCUUGUUGGCUGCUGUGACCAGGCUGCUCAUCUUGGCUGACAUGAUUGAUGUCAUGUGCCUCCUGCAACAUGUGUCUGCUUUUCAGAAGACAUUUGAGUCCCUCAAAAAUGCAUCCAACAAAUCUGAUCUGCAGAAGACCUACCAGAAACUUGGCAAGGAGCUAGAAAAUCUGGAUUAUUUGGCCCACAAACGCCAGCAGGAUUUGAAAUCUCCAGCCCAGCGAGAUGAGAUUGCCGGGGCCCGGGCUUCGCUGAAGGAAAACUCUCCUCUUUUGCAUUCGAUUUGUUCUGCGUGCCUGGAGCAUGAUGAUGUGGCCUCUCUCCGAGCCAGCAAGGACACAGUCUGUGAUGAGAUCCAGAAUGCCCUCGAUGUGAUUUCUAAUGCAUCACAAGGGAUCCAGAGCCCAAAGGCUGAGCCAGAGCCUCAGUCGGUCACACUGGGAAGUGCAUUGGAUGAACUUGAGAAUUUAGUAAUCUUGGAUCCACUCACAGUGAAUGAUGAGAAAAUCCGGCCCUCUCUUGAGAAACGUUUAGAGGCCAUCAUCAGUGGGGCGGCCUUGUUGGCUGAUUCUUCCUGCACACGAGACUUCCACCGGGAGCGCAUCAUCACUGAGUGUAACUCUAUCCGACAGGCUCUCCAGGACUUGCUUUCAGAAUAUAUGGACAAUGCUGGGAAGAAGGAAAGGAGCAAUGCCCUGAAUAUUGCAAUAGAUAAUAUGUGCAAAAAGACCAGAGACCUUCGAAGACAGCUCCGUAAGGCCAUUAUUGACCAUGUGUCAGACUCUUUCUUGGACACAACAGUCCCACUUCUGGUUCUCAUUGAAGCAGCCAAGAAUGGAAGGGAAAAGGAAAUGAAAGAAUAUGCUGCUAUAUUUCGUGAGCAUACCAACCGGCUUGUGGAGGUGGCUAAUCUUGCUUGUUCCUUGUCUGCAAAUGAAGAUGGAAUUAAAAUAGUCAAGACAGCAGCCAGUCACAUGGAGACAUUGUGUCCACAGGUUAUCAAUGCAGCCCUAGCUCUCACUGCCCGACCCAAAAGCCAGGCGGUAAAAUCCAAUAUGGACAUGUAUAAACGCCUAUGGGAAAACCACAUCCAUGUCCUCACUGAAGCAGUAGAUGACAUCACAAGCAUUGAUGACUUCCUUGCUGUAUCUGAGAGCCACAUCUUGGAGGAUGUCAACAAGUGUAUCAUUGCUUUAAGAGACCAGGAUAUUGACAAUUUGGACCGUGCGGCUGGUGCUAUCAAAGGACGGGCUGCAAGGGUGGCUCACAUCGUUACGGGAGAAAUGGACAGCUAUGAGCCAGGGGCUUAUACUGAAGGAGUGCUGAGGAACGUUGGCUACCUUACCAACACUGCAAUCCCAGAGUUUGUGCUCCAGGUCAACGUCGCCCUGGAAGCCCUCAGCACAAAUGCCAUGCACCAGUUUGAUGACAGCCAGUUUGUGGAUGCCUCCAAAAAGGUCUAUGACUCGAUCCAUGACAUCCGCUGUGCUGUCAUGAUGAUCAGGACUCCUGAGGAGCUGGAAGAUAUUUCCGACUUGGAAGAAGAUCAUGAUGUCCGCAGUCACACCAGUGUUCAGACAGAAGGGAAGACAGAUCGGGCAAAAAUGACACAACUGCCUGAGGCCGAAAAGGAAAAGAUAGCUGAGCAAGUGGCUGAUUUCAAGAAAGUCAAGAGCAAGCUGGAUGCUGAGAUUGAGAUAUGGGAUGAUACCAGCAAUGACAUCAUUGUCCUGGCCAAGAAGAUGUGCAUGAUUAUGAUGGAGAUGACAGACUUCACCAGGGGCAGAGGCCCACUGAAGCAUACAACUGAUGUGAUUUAUGCAGCCAAAAUGAUAUCUGAAUCAGGCUCAAGGAUGGAUGUUCUGGCUCGGCAGAUUGCCAAACAAUGCCCUGAUCCAUCCUGCAAGCAAGAUUUAUUGGCUUAUCUGGAACAAAUCAAAUUCUAUUCUCACCAGCUCAAAAUAUGCAGUCAAGUGAAAGCUGAAAUCCAAAAUUUGGGAGGAGAGCUCAUCAUGUCUGCUUUGGACAGUGUCACCUCACUAAUACAAGCUGCCAAGAACUUGAUGAAUGCUGUGGUCCAUACCGUGAAAAUGUCCUAUAUUGCUUCUACCAAGAUCAUUAGGAUCCAAAGUUCUACAGGCCCCCGACACCCUGUAGUCAUGUGGAGAAUGAAGGCUCCUGCAAAAAAGCCCCUGAUUAAGAGAGAGAAGCCAGAGGAGGUCUUUGCAGCAGUGAGAAGAGGAUCUGCUAAGAAGCAAAUCCACCCUGUCCGAGUCAUGAGUGAAUUCAGAGGGCGACAAGUCUACUAGCCUGGCUACUCAACUCCAGCUAAUCCAUUCUUGGAGCUCUGCUCAUUUCACUUCCUUUGUUUUCCACUAGAUUGGUUCUUUCGGUGCACUAAUAUUUGAAAAAGUAGGAUAGGACAUUUAGGACAGGGUACAAAUCUAAGAAACAUGGCUUCAUGUCAUACCUCACAUUUGUCAAAAAGUUCUCAAAGUUGUUGGUUCAGUUCACCUUUCACACUCCCAAGGACAAUCUUCUAUUUUACCCCAUCCCCACAGCCACAAAAAAGCUGGAGGCGUAAUUGAAUCCUACCUGUUUUCAUGCAUGCCAAUAAUCACCUACUUAUUUAGGAUGUUGAAGGUAUCAUAAUAAAAAUCACAAUCUUUGUUUUCAAUGGAAAUAAUCAAUUUAAAGUUCUUAAUAAAUGCCUUCUAUGCACUAGGUACUGCGCUACAUGCCAGGGUUACAAAUAAAUAAAGAAUGAUAUCAGGAGGCCUUUUGAUGUUAUUUCCUGGUACCAACCACAGUAUCUGGAAUGCAAUAGACAAAAUAAUAUUCCUGUCAAUUGAUUGAUAGAUUACUAUAAUGAUAUGUAACUUCUUAAUCUCUUUAACUUUCCCACCUAUCAUAAGUCACCAGUUAUGAUUUAAUCAUGCUUCACAGAGGUGGGUAGUCAUUAAAGGAAGACUCUCUAGUAGGUCAAUUUUUAAUAGGCUAUGUCACUAAUAGAAAUCUAGUGAAGUUUUGGCGGCCAAACAAAUUGUUGGUUUCAAAAGUUCAGCUCAUGAUAGUUGAUGUAUUUCACAUUUCUAGAUGAAGUGCUUUUAACCUUGCACCUUUGCUGAUGAGUAUGCUGGUAACAAUUAGCCAAUGCACAGGUCCCUUUGUUCUGCAGCCUAGUCAUCUCAAGGGCUGGCUUGUAAAGUUCCAUAAAAGCAGUUGCUGACUAGAUGGGUCAUCCCUUAUAUAUAGGGAACCAAGAGAGUAAAACAGAUAAAUAAAAAAGGAGGGGGGGAACAAUAGGACAAACAAAACAUUCUCUAAGUCUAAUACCCUUUUAUCAUUCUAUAGCUAUUGUAAGAAGAGAGAGUGUUGGCUUAAAAACCUCUGGACAUUUAGGGAAUAAUAAUAAAAAAGCUAGUGUUGUGUAUUACUACAUUGAAAACCAAAGGCUAGUAUGAUAUAGUAUGAUGUUAAACUGAUUUUGAUAACAUUCUUUUAAUAUAAGCCUUUGAAAACAUUUCUAACACCAAUCUCCAUGGGGGUAUGCAAGUAUAUUGUUGCUUAUAACAACACAAAUAUGGGUACACUGCUCCCCAAGACUGCUUUCUAACAAUGCUCACAUCACCUGAUUUUCAAAAAGCCUUCUGUAUAGUUAAACCUCAGUAAUCUCUCUGGUCCAUCAAAGGCUAUGUGGUACACUGAAAAGAAUGCAGAAGCCACCUCUGACAGUUACAGUGAAGCGAUAAAACCUCACAUAGCCUUAAUUUCCUCAUAUGUAAGAUCGGGGUAAUAAUAGCUAUAAUACUUCCCAUGCAGAUUUGCUUUGGAAAUCCCAUGAGAUAAUGCAGGUAAAGUGUUUUGUAAGCAUUAAAAGGAACAAAGGUUCUGUGAUAUAAGGGAAGGGUGCUGAACUCAGAAGAGAGCUGCAUUGGAAUCCCAACUCUGAGAUUCUCUGUGUAACUAUAAAGAAAACAACAAAUAUCUUUGAGCCUUAAUUCCCUCAUCUAUAAGAUGGGGCUAAUAAAUAAUGCCUUUAAACUAGCAUCCUGGGUUGUCGUAAGGAUAACUUGAUAUAAUGCAUGUAAAGUGUAUUGCAAACAUUA